AUGCUGCAUUGUGCCAGUGGCCGGUGCCCGUACGAGUACGAGAUGUAUGGCUGCUACUGUGGUCAGGAGGGCAGUGGGCAGCCCCAGGACCAGCUUGACCGGUGCUGCUUCUUCCACCAGUGCUGUCUAAAGCAGAUCAGCUCCAUGGGCUGCAGAGCCGACCGCACCCUCAGCGCUCACGUCUCCUGUGAGGGAGGCAAACCCAAGUGUGUGGGCGUGUCUGUGUGUGAUAAACUUCAGUGUGUAUGCGACAGAACCACUGCCGUGUGCAUGGCCAACGCCCGCUUCAACCACACCCUGACCCCACCCACCUGCACUGGCCCUGCCCCCAUGUGUCGUCGCCCUGGUAACAGACCCCAAAACAACGGCUCCAACAGUGCCUCACAGCACCGACCUCAAUCCAGCAGGCCACACCCAGGUUCCCCCAGCCGCCCGGGGAGUAGACCUCCGACCCGGCCCAACAACCGGCCCCAAGUCAGGCCCACCAGCAGACCAUCCACCACCAGAACCACGCCCAAAACUACCACCAGAACCACCAAGACCUCCACCACCAAGAAGCCGUCGUCCAGCGAAGAGAGCAGUGCCCAGCAGGGAGGAGAUAAGGCACAGGGAGAAGCAACUACCCCAAUCCCAAGAGAGGAGGCGGUGAUGGGAGGAGAAGGAGGAGAGCAGGUGGACAGAGUAGAGGAGGCACCAGGACAAAUGCCACAGGAACCUGAGAUGACAGGAGCAGAGGGUCCCAAAGAAGGACAAACUGUGGACCCAGCACAUCCAGCACAUCACGAGAACCCAUUACACACACCAAACCCUGCCCGCCCUGUACAUCCACCUUAUCCGGCCAUCCAAACCCACUCUGAAAACCCAGCACAACCAGCACACUCAAGCACCCAAUUUCACCCAGCGAACCCAUCCCACCCAGCAAGCCCCUCCCGCCCGGUGAACCCAUCCCACUCCAUAAACCCAAUCCAUUCAGAAAACCCAUCGCACCCAGCUCAACCGUCAAACCCAGCUACCCAAUUUCACUCAAACAACCAUCCCACCCAGCAAACCCAUCCCACCCAGUACAACCACCCCACCCAGUACAACCACCAGCAGAACCAUCAGCGCACCCAGGAGAACCAGUGCCGCCAGAAGAGAAGCCAGGGCUCCAGGACGAAUGGACACCAUGGAUGUUUUAUUAAGAUAAGGGGGGACCAUGAGGAGACCAGGUGGACAGAGUAG